AUGGACGAUGUGCAUCUGCCCUCGCGCUUUGUCUCCCAAAAGGAGAUUGACGAGACAAACGCCAAGAAAGAUGAACUCUGGAAAGCAGCAUAUGCACGUAUGGGUCAAGAACCACCGCCGCAAGCUCCUGCAGAAGCAUACGACGGUCGAAGCCUUGCAGAGAAACUUGCGGCUAAUCGUGCUGCAAAGGACGAGGAAUACGCCAAUGCUCACAAGUUGUCUGCCCAGUUUCGUCCGCUCAACCCAGACGAGGUCGGCUUUCUCGACUCUAUAGCGCUGAAGAGAUUCGAAGAAGAACAGAGCGUCAAACGAGACGAAGCAGCUGAACUCAAGAACUUUAGAGCGUGCGGCUUCAUGACGCUACGUAUAACUUUUUUUUACUCUUUCGCCUCUCUUGAUGAUAUGGGACUGAUCAUUAUGGGGUUCAGUGCCGUCCAAGCACGCGAGUCGAGCCUUCAAAAUCCACCCAUAGUCCCUUCGACAUCAAAGGAAACCAAGGACGCCAAACCCUCGAAAUCAGCCCCGGCAAAUCCGUCAAAAGCUCGCGUAGUCAAGCCAGGUCUGAAAGGCGUCGUCGUUUCAAGAAAACGGGCCAAAACAGCCGAUACAGCCAAUUCUAAAGAGAAUUCCAAAGACAAGGAAGACGCAAAUCAGGAGGGGGGAUCUUCGCCUCAAAAGGAAACCGCCGAAGAGGAGCAAGGCGGCGACAGAAAGCGUCGAAAGGUUGAUACAGAUAUAUGA